UCAAGUUUGGCCAGAAUGACGCAGCCGAAGGGGGUUGAUUGGACGGUCAUCAUCCUGACGUGCCAGUACAAGGAUAAUGUCCAGGUCUUCCAGAGAGAGCUGGAGGUGCGGCAGAAGCGGGAGCAGAUCCCGGCCGGGACACUGUUACUGGCUGUGGAGGACCCUGAGAUGCGCGUGGGCAGUGGAGGAGCCACCCUCAAUGCCCUGCUGGUGGCUGCGGAACACCUGAGUGCCCGGGCAGGCUUCACCGUGGUGACAUCUGAUGUCCUGCACUCGGCCCGGAUCCUUAUCCUGCACAUGGGCCGAGACUUCCCUUUUGACGACUGUGGCAGGGCCUUCACCUGCCUCCCUGUGGAGAACCCCCAGGCUCCGGUGGAGGCUGUGGUCUGCAACCUGGACUGCUUGCUGGACACCAUGAGCCAUCGGCUGGGCCCAGGCUCCCCACCGGGUGUGUGGGUUUGCAGCACCGACAUGCUCCUGUCUGUUCCUCCAAACCCAGGGAUCAGCUGGGACAACUUCCGGGGAGCAAAAGUGAUUGCCCUUCCAGGGAACCCAGCCUAUGCCCGGAACCAUGGCGUUUACCUCACUGACUCCCAGGGCUUCGUUUUGGACAUUUACUACCAGGGCACCGAGGCAGAGAUACAACAAUGUGCCAGGCCGGAUGGGCGGGUGCCACUGGUCUCAGGGAUCGCCUUCUUCUCUGUGGAGACUGCUGAGCACCUCCUGGCCACCCAUGUGAGCCCGCCCUUGGAUGCCUGCACCUACAUGGGCUUAGACUCUGGAGCCCGGCCUGUCCAGCUAUCUCUCUUUUUCGACAUCCUGCUCUGCAUGGCCCGGAACGUGAACAGGGAGGACUUCCUGGUGGGGCAGCCUCCAGAGAUGGGCCAAGGUGACAUGGACAUCGGAAGUUACCUGCAGGGUGCCCGGGCUGAACUGUGGAGGGAGCUUCGUGACCAGCCCCUCACCAUGGCUUAUGUCCCUGAUGGCAGCUACAGCUACAUGACCAGCUCGGCCAGUGAGUUCUUACACAGCCUCACAUUCCCAGGGGCUCCCAGGGCCCAGGUAGUGCACUCCCAGGUGGAGGAGCCACAGCUCCUGGGUGCCAAGAGCUCCGUGGUCAGCUGCCUGCUGGAAGGCCCUGUCCAACUGGGUCCUGGGAGUGUCCUGCAGCACUGCCAUCUUCAGGGCCCUGUUCAUAUCGGCACUGGCUGCUUGGUGAGUGGCCUGGACACGGCCCAGUGCAAGGCACUGCACGGCUUGGAGCUGCAUGACCUCGUCCUGCAGGGACACCACGUGCGGCUGCACGGCGCCCCCAGCCGUGUCUUCACCCUCGUUGGCCGUCUGGACAGCUGGGAGAGACAGGGGACAGGAACGUAUCUUAACAUGUCCUGGAGUGAAUUCUUCCAGAAGACAGGCGUUCGAGACUGGGAUCUGUGGGACCCAGACACGCCCCCUGCGGAACGUUGCCUUCUUAGUGCCCGCCUCUUUCCCGUGCUCCACCCCUUGAGGGCCCUGGGACCCCGGGACAUGCUGUGGAUGCUGGACCCCCAGGAGGAUAGGGGCAAGGCCCUGCGGGCCUGGCGAGCCUGCUGGCGUCUGUCCUGGGAGCAGCUGCAGCCGUGCCUGGACCGGGCUGCCACACUGGCCUCCCGCCGGGACCUGUUCUUCCGCCAGGCCCUGCAUAAGGCGAGGCAUGUGCUGGAGGCUCGGCAGGACCUCAGCCUGUGCCCGCUGAUCCGGGCCGCUGUCCGAGAGGGCUGUCCUGGGCCCCUGCUGGCCACGCUGGACCAGGUUGCAGCCGGUGCGGAAGACCCUGGGGUGGCGGCCCGGGCUCUCGCCUGUGUGGCGGAUGUACUGGGCUGCAUGGCAGAGGGCCAGGGAGGCUUACGGAGCGGUCCAGCCGCCAAUCCCGAGUGGAUGCAGCCCUUCUCAUAUCUGGAGUGUGGAGACCUGGCGGCUGGGGUGCAGGCACUUGCCCAGGAGCGGGACAAGUGGCUGAGCAGGCCAGCGUUGCUAGUGCGAGCUGCCCGCCACUACGAGGGAGCUGGGCAGAUUCUGAUCCGCCAGGCUGUGAUGUCAGCCCAGCACUUUGUCUCCAUGGAGGCAGUGGAGCCGCCAGCACCUGGGCGGUGGGUGGUGGCUGAGUGCCCUGCUCGCGUGGAUUUCUCCGGUGGCUGGAGUGACACGCCACCCCUUGCCUAUGAGCUUGGUGGGGCAGUGCUGGGUCUGGCUGUGCGAGUGGAUGGCCGCCGGCCCAUUGGGGCCAGGGCACGCCGCAUCCCAGAGCCUGAGCUGUGGCUGGCAGUGGGGCCUCAGCAGGACAAGAUGACCAUGAAGACAGUGUGCCGGAACCUAGAUGACCUGCAGGAUUACUGCCAGCCCCAUGCCCCAGGGGCUCUGCUGAAGGCAACCUUCAUCUGUGCGGGGAUCGUGCAUGUUGGCUCCAAGCUUUCCCUGAGAGAGCAGCUGCUGCACACCUUUGGGGGUGGCUUCGAGCUGCAUACCUGGUCUGAGCUGCCCCAUGGCUCUGGUCUCGGCACUAGCAGCAUCCUGGCCGGCGCAGCCCUGGCUGCCUUGCAGAGGGCCGCGGGCCGGGUAGUGGGCACAGAGGCCCUGAUCCAUGCAGUGCUGCACCUGGAACAGGUGCUCACCACAGGAGGUGGCUGGCAGGACCAAGUGGGUGGCCUCGUGCCUGGCAUCAAGGUGGGGCGCUCCCGGGCUCAGCUGCCACUGAAGGUGGAGGUGGAAGAGAUCACUGUGCCUGAGGGCUUCCUCCGGAAGCUCAAUGACCACCUGCUCCUGGUAUACACUGGCAAGACACGCCUGGCCCGGAAUCUGCUGCAGGAUGUGCUGAGGAGCUGGUAUGCCCGGCUGCCUGCUGUCGUGCAGAAUGCCCACAGCCUGGUGCGGCACACCGAGGAGUGUGCAAAAGCCUUCCGCCAAGGGAGCCUGCCUCUGCUGGGCCAGUGCCUGACCACUUACUGGGAGCAAAAGAAGCUCAUGGCUCCAGGCUGUGAGCCCCUGGCUGUGCGGCGUAUGAUGGAUGUCCUGGCCCCUCACGUGCAUGGCCAGAGCCUGGCAGGGGCAGGUGGUGGAGGCUUUCUGUAUCUGUUGACCAAGGAGCCGCAGCAAAAGGAGGCUCUGGAGGCUGUGCUGGCCAAGACUGAGGGUCUCGGGAACUACAGCGUCCACCUGGUAGAAGUGGACACUCAGGGCCUGAGCCUGCAGCUGCUGGGGAGUGAGACCUCAACCUGA